UUAUUUUCUUCCUCCAUAGCUUUUAAAAAGCUCUCACUCCUUUCUUCAUUACACUCUCUCGAUCCAUCCAGCUGCAAAAGAAUGGCAUCUACCCUCUUCUCUCUUCUCGCCAUCUUCAUCAUCGUCAUGGCAGAGUUUGUUGCUGGUCAUGAUCCUGAAGUUAGCGCAGCAACAGCAGCAUACAAGGAUCCUAGCAAGCCCAUCAGGGUAAGGAUCAACGACCUCAUGGAGAGGAUGUCCUUGUCGGAAAAGAUCGGUCAGAUGACCCAGAUCGAUCGGUCGAGGGCAACGACGGACGUCAUGAGCAACUACUGCAUAGGGAGCGUGUUGAGCGUUUCGGACAGCGUUCCAGGGCAGAAACCCGGGGAUCGGACACCCCACAAUUUCUCCUCCCGGAAAUGGAUCAUGACCAUCAACAAACUGCAGGAGGCAGCUCUGGCGACGAGGCUUGGCAUCCCGAUGCUCUACGCCAUUGAUGCUGUCCACGGACACAACUAUGCGUACAGAUCCACCAUUUUCCCACACAAUGUGGGCCUCGGAGCUACAAGGGAUCCCCAACUUGUGAAAAGGAUCGGAGCUGCCACGGCUCUUGAAGCAAGGGCAACGGGUGUCCGAUACGUUUUCUCUCCCACCAUUGCGGUUUGCCGGGAUCCAAGGUGGGGGAGAUGUUACGAGAGCUACAGCGAGGAUCCCGCCCUGGUGAAGCUCAUGACUGAGACGAUGAUCGCGGGACUUGAGGGCGACAUCCCGCCUAAUUACUCCAUCAAGGGCGUGCCCUUUGUGGAAACUGGCCACAGGACCAAAGUGGCAGCGUGCGCUAAGCAUUUCGUCGGAGACGGUGGCACCAGCGGCGGGGUGGACCGAGGAAACGCUGAAAUGCCAUGGAAGGAGCUGGCCGCCGUCCACUUGCCACCCUACAGCACAGCCAUUCUUAAGGGCGUCGCUUCGGUGAUGCUCUCUUACUCCAGCUGGAACGGCCAGAAAAUGCAUGCAAAUCGUCGACUCGUCACUGGCUUGCUCAAGACAAGACUCAAAUUCAGGGGAUUUGUGAUCUCCGACUUCGAAGGGAUUGAUAAGAUAAAGGACGCCAACUACUCCUACUCUGUGGAAGCUGGAAUCAGUGCAGGGAUAGACAUGGUGAUGGCUCCCUACAAAUUCAGAAGGUUCAUUCGAACACUGACCUAUCAAGUGGAGAAAGGAAUCAUCCCCAUGACCAGAAUCGACGAUGCCGUUGCUAGGAUUCUAAGGGUGAAGUUCACUAUGGGGCUUUUCGAAAACCCAUACGCCGAUGUCGAGAUGGGCCGCCAGCUCGGUAGCCAGGAGCACAGAGAACUUGCAAGGGAAGCGGUUCGGAAAUCACUUGUUCUCCUCAAGAACGACGGGCCGUUGCUGCCGCUUCCCAAGUACGGCGCUAAGAUCUUGGUGGCGGGGACUCACGCCAACAACUUAGGCUAUCAGUGCGGCGGUUGGACGAUGCAAUGGCAAGGCCAAUCGGGAAACAACAUAACCCAAGGAACCACCAUUUUGAGCGCCAUAGCGUCCACCGUGGAUCCAAGCACGGAGGUCCUCUACUCAGUGGACCCAUCGGCUGAACUGAUCGAGCUCGGCAACUUCUCCCACGCGAUCGUCGUGGUGGGAGAAGUGCCGUACGCCGAGUUUGAUGGAGACAACGGCAACUUAACUAUUCCUGAACCAGGGCUGACCACCAUCUCCAACGUCUGCGACCGGGUGAUCAGCUGCGUGGUGGUUUUGGUGUCUGGUCGGCCCCUCGUGCUCGAGCCGCACCUGCUCUCCAAGAUCCACUCCUUGGUGGCAGCGUGGCUCCCCGGGACCGAAGGACAGGGAGUGGCGGAUCUUCUCUUCGGGGACUGGCCAUUUACCGGGAGGCUGCCCCGAACCUGGUUCAAGCGGGUCGACCAGCUGCCUAUGAACGUCGGCGACCGGAACUACCUCCCUCUCUUCCCCUUCGGGUUCGGGUUAACUUAGUGGUCAACCCAAGCUAGCCGGCCGGUCCGACUGCCUCCCUCCGGUUAACUAUAUAUCAUCAGUCCGUACGUACGUACGUUGUGGUUUAGUAGAGUUGUGAGUCGUGUUGUUGAAUGGCAACACUACCUUAAUUAUCUUGUGGACAAGUAUUAUCGAAGUGCCCUCUCUUCUAUGUGGACAGUAAUUAACAUAGGUAGUACCGUAGUAGUAUGCUCGAUUGCUCGUAGUUUCGGAGUUGUUGGGAUAGAUCGAUCAACUUGUUGGUUCAUGAGCUCGAACAUUGGAUGGCAGUAGCACGCAUUACUUCCUUAUUCUAUGAGAACAAAAACAUAUGAUGUUAUUUAUGAUUUUACCGCUUAAUGAUUAGUUGAUUUAUAACCCA